AUGGGCCCCUAUAUACCGCCUCCUCAUGCUGCUGCCAGGCCCCUAAUCUGCCAUGGGCCCCUAUAUACCGCCUCCUCAUGCUGCUGCCAGGCCCCUAAUCUGCCAUGGGCCCCUAUAUACCGCCUCCUCAUGCUGCUGCCAGGUCCAGAGUCUCUCAUGGGUCCCUGUACGGCCUCCCAUUGCUGCUGUCUCCAUCGCCACACUCUGCCAUGUGCCACUUUCAGGUCUCCUCACACACUGCUGUGUGUGUUCCAUUUUUUGACAUAGGGUGCUGCUGGCAGAUUACGGGCCUCCAUAGCUGCUGCCAGGCCCCUAAUCUGCCAUGGGCCCCUAUAUACCGCCUCCUCAUGCUGCUGCCAGGUCCAGAGUCUCUCAUGGGUCCCUGUACGGCCUCCCAUUGCUGCUGUCUCCAUCGCCACACUCUGCCAUGUGCCACUUUCAGGUCUCCUCACACACUGCUGGUGUGUUGAAUUUUUUGACAUAGGGUGCUG